AUGUUUACUAUUAUUGUGAAUAUCUUUUUACAAUUUCAGACAGUCGACCUCCCGAAACAGUCGUCCAUUUCCGAUGCAUUCGCGUUGUUGAACCUGGGUGAUUCUGUUACCACAGACCACAUCUCCCCAGCUGGAUCAAUCUCCAAACUGUCGCCAGCAGCUCGAUUUUUGGCCUCACGUGGACUUUCUCCCAGGGAUUUCAAUACGUACGGUGCUCGCCGCGGUAACGACGUGGUGAUGGCGUGCGGGACGUUCGCUAACAUUCGUCUUAUGAAUAAGCUUGUCGCAAAAGUAGGGCCGAAAACAUUGCACAUUCCCUCUGAGCAAGAGCUGGAUGUUUACGAUGCCGCAAUGAAGUAUAUGAAAGAGGGUCACCCGGUUAUCAUACUUGCUGGUAAGGAGUACGGCUGCGGAUCAUCCCGAGACUGGGCUGCCAAGGGACCUUAUUUACUUGGAGUCAAAGCUGUCAUCGCUGAGUCGUUCGAGCGAAUUCAUCGCUCCAAUUUGAUUGGCAUGGGAAUAAUUCCUCUGCAAUACAAAAAAGGUGACAAUGCGGAAACGUUGGGGCUUACUGGAAAAGAAAUGUUCAGCAUUUAUGUUCCUGAUGAUCUCAAAGUUGGUCAGUUACUGCCGGUUACCGUGUCAACUGGACAAACCUUCGAGGUAACGUUUUAG